AUGAAGAUCGGCGGUGUGGUCUUAUACGGCGGAGCUCCACGUGGCAGCGUCGUGCCUCUACUCCUCCGCCGUCGCAAAGUUUCCCUCUGCGUCUCUUCUUCUUCUUCCUCCUACUCCUCCAUUUCCGAACACGUUUCUUUCGUGAAGGAUGUAGCUGCAACUCAUCCUCCUCAGCACCUUGCACAACUCCUAAGUAUAUUGAAAACCAAAGGUGAAUCUAUUGUCUCACCGGGUGCCAGACAAGGAUUAAUACCUCUAGCUAUCCCACUGUCAAAAAAUAGUUCUGGUAAUCUGACUGCUCUGCUGCGGUGGCCCACGGCUCCACCUGAGAUGGAAAUGCCAGUGGUGGAAGUAAGAAAACAUGGAGUAUGGCUUUUAGCUAAGAGUGUAGACCAAUUUAUACACCGAAUGUUAGUUGAGGAAGAUGCAAAGAACAGUCAAGAAAGAAAUGAAGCGGUAUUCAAUGCUUCGGGUGAUGCUGGGAAGAAACUUUACAGAAAGGGUGGUUUUGCAGAAUCCGGAAUUUCUAACCUAGAUGUGUAUCUUCUGAAAAAGGUCGGUAUAUUUCCAGAUAUCAUAGAGCAUAAAGUGAUUCGACAUUUUGAAGAAGGAGAUCACGUUUCAGCAUUAGUUACUGGAGAAUUUUAUACCAAGAAGGAGCAUUUUCCAGGAUUUGCACGACCUUUUGUGUUCAAUGCGGAGGUUUUAUUAAGGGUUGGGCGAAAAGUAGAAGCUAAAGAUGCUGCCAGGGGAGCUUUGAAAUCACCAUGGUGGACUCUAGGUUGCAAGUAUGAGGACGUAGCCAAUAUAGCACAAUGGGAUGAUGAGCAAAUUGAGUACAUUAAAGAGAAGGUGACGGAAGAGGGAAGGCAAGAAGAUCUUAAAAAAGGAAAGGCCCCCGAACAGGUUGUACUAGAUGAAGCUGCUUUCUUGUUGGAUUUGGCUUCUAUAGAGGGAGAAUGGGAUGACUACUUAGAGCGGAUAGCCAAAUGUUACGAGGAAGCAGGACUUCCAGAUGUUGCAAAAUUCAUACUUUAUAGAGAUUAA